AUGUUUGACGCUACUCCCGGUCCAAGUGCAAUCCAGAACCACGCCUCAUCUGAAAACUCAACUGAAAGUUACGUCACAGAAACCGACAAAGAGACGGGAAAAAAGUUGUGUCACUCUUGGACAUACGGCCUUUCCCAAAAUAUGAACGACCAGAUAACAGAGAAGGACCCUACCGACAACAACAUGGAGGAGGAAAAUAAAAAGUUAAAAGAGGAAAACGAAGAAUUGAAAAAAGACAUCGUAAGCUGGCAGGACAAAUACCUGACGGAGUUCGCCAGAUGCAAGGAGGCAAUAGAAGAGUUAAGAGAUAGGAUUGAUAAGUUGACUGCAGAGAAUGCAGAACUAAAAGAAUCCAAAACAAAGAAGAAAGAAAAACCAAAGAAGGAGGAAGAAGCAAAACAGACAAACACCAGGAAAAAUCAACAACAAGAGACCGGAAAGGAAAAAGAGUGCAGAAAAGCGAAGGACACAGCGGACAACGAGGACAAAAACAAGAUUCUGACAACAGCCCCCGAGAAGGAGAAGGAGAAAGCUACCAAGAGGACAAGAGAACAGGUAGUAACAACCGAAACAGAAACGGAAGAUGAAGGUUUCCAAAAAGUGGAAACUAAGAAAAGCCGUAAAGCCAAGAAGAGAACGACAAAGGACCUAGAACAAAACAAGAUGGACGCGGAAACAACGUCCAUGGACACGGAAACGACGCCCAUAACUGUCGUACCAGUCAUACCAACCGGAGAACGUAAAACUCCGGAGGUCCCAGUCUGGCCAACCCCCAGGCAAACCGAGGACAGGCCAAACGAACAAGGAGGAUCAACAAACGCGGAUACGCAUCCGAAACAGACAAACCCCAUGUCACCACCACCGAUAGUUGUCCAUGACAGCAAACGGUGGAAUGAGAUUUCCAGAGGUCUCGAAGCCCGUAAAAUCGGGUAUAAUAAGGCAAGGCUUACUAGAGACGGAAUAUACAUCUACACAAACAACGAAGAAGAGUGGCGCAAAGCCACAAGAUACAUGGAGGAAUUCCGCCUGGAAUUCCACACGUACACCCUGAAAAAAGAAAUCCCACUCCACGCAGUGAUCCGGGGGAUACCGGAGAACGUGGAGGAAGCGGACGUCGCGGCAGACCUUACGAAACAAGGGUUCGAG